UGAAUCCUGGAACCAGUGAGGCUUAAUCUGAAGGAUGGUCAGAAUAAUUCGUCACUGUGUGGGAGAAAACAGCAGAAUGCUGUGAAGGUUCUGGGAUCUGGACUGCGAUCCAGCGUGAGGAAUGGCUAAGGAGAAGCCUGGACCUCAGCUCUGAGCAAAGCCAUUCCCAGGCACAAGCCACGAAACAAGCUGCUGGAGCAAGUGACAAGUCUGCGUGUUCUUUCCUCGAUUCGAGAGGAACUGAUUUGAGACUAUCAAGAUUGUUUUCCAUCUUUGUCACAUUUGUUCCAAAUUCUUGGAUCCUUCUGGAGUUCACUCCCAGGAUCAGGCAUCGGAGGCAAGUACCAAUCACUUAGGCACAGGCAAACUGCUUUCUUCAAAUGCUGAAUGAAGCAAAAUUGACAAUCACUGCCAGAAAUCCUCAACUAAUGGAGUGAGAUGCCAUUUGCCCGUGAAGUGUGGAUGACAUGCUAAAGCUGGAAUAACUUCCUGGUUCUAGUUCUGUCACUUACCGCACACAUUAAAAUGCCCUCUUGACAUUUAAGACAUCUGCAUUUGGAUAUCCUGUAUCUUAUUGCACAAGUAGUACCUUAAAGGACUCUCAAACAUUAGCAGCUUCAUAAUUGGGAAGAAAAAUGUUUCUGAAGGAGUACAUGUUUAUCAGUUUGGCAGCUGUUACGUUAACUCAAGCGAUCCCUUGGCGUGUCAAAUGUCCAGAUGCAUGUGUUUGUGAAGUUAAGCCUUGGUUCACACCAAGGUCUAUGUACAGGGAGGCUCCAACAGUGGACUGCAAUGAUUUUUUAAUGACUCAAGUUCCCACGAACCUGCCCGAAGAAACACAGACAUUAUUACUGCAGAGUAAUAGGAUUGCUAGGAUUGAGCCGGAAGAGCUGGAAUACCUGGUGAACCUGACAGAGCUUGAUCUGUCCCAGAACAGUUUCUCCAGGAUUGAAGACUUCAGCUUGAAGAACAUGUUCAAUCUCCUGGUCCUCCAUUUGGAAGAGAACCAGUUGACCAAAUUGUCAGCAGAUGGCUUCUCCACUCUCACCAACCUUCAGGAGCUGUACUUGAACCACAACCAGCUAAGCACCAUUUCCCCCAGAGCAUUCUCUGGCCUUGAAAACCUCCUUCGGCUCCAUUUGAACUCCAACAAGCUGAGGACCAUUGGAAGGGAGUGGUUUGAGCCGAUUCCCAGUCUGGAAAUCCUCACAAUUGGAGAGAAUGCAGUAGAAAUGAUCCAGAACAUGAACUUUAAGCCUCUCGUCAAUCUAAGAAGUCUCGUAUUGAGUGGAAUGAGCCUAAAGGAAAUUUCCGAUCAUGCCCUCGAGGGGCUGGAGAAUUUAGAAAGCAUUUCUUUUUAUGAUAACAAAUUGCCUAAGGUUCCAAAGAUGGCCCUCCGGAAAGUUCCAGAUCUUAAGUUCUUGGAUUUGAAUAAGAAUCCAAUCGAAAGGAUCCAGCAGGGUGAUUUCACCGAUAUGCUUCAUCUCAAAGAGUUGGGCAUUAACAACAUGGAGGAGUUAAUCUCCAUCGACAAGUUUGCUCUGGACAACCUCCCAGAGUUGACCAAACUGGAGGUGACCAACAACCCCAAACUUUCCUACAUUCACCCGAGUGCAUUUCGCCUCAUUCCUCAAAUGGAAACCCUCAUGCUCAACAAUAAUGCUCUGAGUGCCUUAUACAGAAAGACAAUCGAGUCCCUUUCCAAACUCCAGGAGAUUAGCAUUCACAGCAACCCCAUCCGAUGUGACUGCGUCAUUCGCUGGGUGAAUACCAACGAAAACCACAUUCGCUUCAUCGAGCCGCAGUCAACUUUCUGCGUGGAGCCUCCAGAGUUCAAAAGUCAAAACCUGAGAGAUGUUCCAUUCAGGGAGAUGACAGACCGAUGCCUCCCUCUCAUCUCUGCUGAAGCAUUCCCCUCGCAUAUUGACACUGCAGUCUCAGACUCACUUUCCCUCCACUGUCGGGCUUUCGCUGAGCCGGACCCUGAGAUUUAUUGGGUCACGCCAUCCGGUGAUAGGCUUCAGGCCUACAGCACAUCAGACAAGUACAGAGUGCAGCCCGAAGGGACACUGGAGAUAUUCAACCUAACAGUCCAUGAAGCUGGGCUCUACACUUGCGUGGCCCACAAUCUGGUUGGCGCAGACACAAAAAGUGUGACCAUCAGAGUGAGUGGAUUCUAUCCAGGAGGUAAUGAGAGCAUUCAACUGUAUGUACAAGAAAUGGGAGCACACCACGUCCUGUUGUCAUGGAUUAUCACCUCGAAUAUAAUAGCAUCGAAUGUCACAUGGUCACGUACAAUGAGCAAUAGCAGCUUGAAUUCUCUCUUCACCGCCAGGGUUCCAGCAGGUGUACACAGGUACAAUCUGACUCACCUGGAACCAUUCACUGAAUAUGCGUUAUGUGUGCAUGCAUCCUACGUCCAGCUCCAUAAUAAGAUAUCCUGCAUCAGGAUCAGGACCAAAGAAGCCAACUUAGCCACUGGUACCAGCGAGAUAAGAGUACAGUUUCUAAUCACCUUGACUGUCUGUACCCUGUUUGUGGUGUCGAGUGUCUUGUCCUUUCGUGGGCUCAUGUCUACAGGGCAGCGGGUGGAGGUGAAGCCGAGCUCUUUGGCGAUGUGCAUGCAAAAGGACUCUCUGGUGUCAUUGAACGGGAUUUACCCUCCUUUCGUCAAGCACUGGGAGGCGGCUAACAACCCAGGCAAAACGAUAGUGGUGGAGGUUCAGUCCACCCCACUGGGACCCUCUCAUGCUGAUUGUUGUGAGGCGAACUGAAACAAUCUCAUUGUGAGAAAGGCUCCACGAACCAAGACAACCAUAAACAGGCCUUGCUAUCACUGUCCAGACAAACAGGCAAACUGGAUCAAGAAAGCGAAUUACCGCACAAAUAAUAGUAAAAAAAGGGGGAAUGUGGAUCCUGUCAAGUUCUUUUAGAUGGUAACAGUGAGAGGGUAACAGUUCUUGUAGCAGUAAACUCCGUCCUGGUAGAAAACUCUCUUCUCUGUCCAACUGAUGUCCAUGUGUUUGUUCUGUACUGGUUAUGAACUCUGUUUAUGAGAGACAUAUAUAGGAAUUCGAGAAAGAUUAAAACAAAAAAAAAAAUGGGAUCUUGCUGUUCAGAAAUGUAUCCAAUCUCUUAUGUAAAACGUUUGUGACCAUGUUGACAAAGAAUCCGCUGUCUUUUUUUUCCAGCCAGGCCACCCGAAGAUCUGAAUGGAAACUCUGAGCCGGUUUACAACACUUUUAUACAGGAAAGUAUGCGCAUAUUUUUCUAGGUUCAGAUAGUGAUGCCACACUCUUGUGUUUGAGCCCUUCCCUCCCUCCCUCCGCCUUUUCCCACUGCUCCGAGAGCUGGAUGAUGUGGCCCCUUUAAGCACCGCAAAGGGAUUUUUGCAGUUUUCAGGCGAUGCGAGUCUUUUCUAUCACUGCACCAUUGACCAAACUAAUUUUCUGUAGAUUUCCUGUACCGCUGACCGUUACUGGGCGAAAAUAAAACAACAAGCAGAAACACAAA